AUGACCUACCGCACCACUCUGGACCUGCUCUUCAAAUCCAAGGAAUUUGUCCCUAACUACAAAUGUGAUUGCCAGAAAAAUCUCAUGGCCAUCAUUGGAGCACUUGUCUCUGAUACUUCAUCCUAUAUGGCAGAAACCAUAAAUGUCUACAAGAUUCCACAGAAACUGCAGCCAUUACUUUCCCAGAAUGGCAUCUGUUUAGCUUUCACACAAAAAAUUCCACAACAAGCCCAGUUGGAAUAUGUGUCAGAAUUGAUUGAUGAAAUCUUAAUUAUUUCUAAUAAAUUGAUAGAUCAGAAAGCAAAUGUUUUUCUUGUCUAUGGAGAAUCAUUCACAAUUCUGUGGCUCAGAAGCAUUGUGUUUCUAUGCGAUCCUGAAAAUAAAGAGAGUGCAUCAUUUGGAAAGGUUUGGAUCCUGAUGAACCCGAUUGAUUUCAUACUGACAGGAAUUCAAAGGGGUUGGGAUCUCGGGAUGUUCCACGGGGCUCUUUCCUUUACAGUUCAUACAAGAGAAGUUCAAGGGUUCAAAGAAUUUCUUCAAGUCAUCAAACCUUCAACCUAUAAAGAUGGAUUUGUUCGAGACAUUUGGGAACAAUUGUUUGACUGUUCAUUUCCAAAUGCAGAAUCAGCCUCAAAGAUCAAUGAAAGUUGUAGCGGAGAAGAGAAUUUGGAGGAUCUGCCUGGGCCUCUCUUUGAGUUGCAGAUGACUGGCCACAGCUAUAGUAUUUACAAUGCUGUUUAUGCGGUGGCACAUUCUUUGCAGGAGAUAGUGAGAUCAAGAUUCAGACAAAGAGAAAUUCCAGUGUUUGAAUUUCCAGAUCUGCAGCCUUGGCAGCUCCAUCCACUUCUCCAAGGCAUUUCUUUUAACAAUUCAGCUGGAGAGAAAGUGUUCCUGAAUGAGAAGUGGGAAGCAACAGUUGGAUUCGACAUCAUCAACUUGAUCACUUUUCCAAACAGGUCCUUUCAGAGGGUUAAAAUUGGAAAAUUAGAUCCCAGUGCUCCAAAAGGGAAAGAAUUAUUCAUUGAAGAAGAUUUGAUUGUCUGGCACCCAGCUUUUAACCAGGUUCUUCCACUUUCUUUGUGUAAUGACCACUGUUCCCCUGGAUCCUGGAAGAAAGGGGCUGAAGGAGAACAAUUCUGUUGCUAUGACUGUGUUCCAUGCCCAGAAGGGAAGAUUUCAAAUCUAAAUGAUAUGGUUGACUGUUUUGAAUGUUCAGAAGAUCAUUAUCCAAACAAAGAAAAGAAAGGAUGCAUCCUGAAAGUGGUGGUCUUUCUCACUUUUGAAGAAACAUUAGGAAUUGGUUUAGCCUCCACUGCUCUUUGUUUCUUCUUCUUGACAUCUUGGGUACUUGGGACUUUUAUGAAGCACAGGGAUACUUCCAUUGUUAAAGCCAACAACCGGGCCCUCACCUACACCCUCCUUAUCUCUCUUCUGCUCUGUUUCCUCUCCUGUUUCUUUUUCCUCAGCCAACCUGGACAAGUCACCUGCCUUCUCCGACAAUCCACUUUUGGCAUCACCUUCUCAGCGGCCAUUACUAGUGUCCUGGCCAAAACCAUCACUGUGGUGGUCGCUUUCAUGGCCACAAAACCAGGAUCUCCAAUGAGGAAAUGGGUGGGGAAAAGAUUGGCCUUUUCUACAGUCCUUUCCUGCUCUCUCUUCCAAGUCUGUAUUUGUGUUCUUUGGUUGUCAACAUCUCCCCCAUUCCCUGAGUUGGACAUGCACUCAGAAGCCAAAGAAAUGAUUUUGCAAUGCAAUGAGGGGUCAUCCUCCUUCUUCUACUGCGUCUUGGGCUACAUGGGGAUCUUGGCCCUCGCCAGCUUCAUUGUGGCCUUUCUUGCCCGUAAAUUUCCUGACAGCUUUAAUGAAGCCAAGUUCAUCACCUUCAGCAUGCUGGCCUUCUGCAGUGUGUGGGUCUCCUUUUUUCCAGCCUAUAUGAGCACGAGAGGAAAAGCCAUGGUAGCUGUGGAGGUCUUCUCCAUCCUGUCCCCCGGCGCGGCUUUAGUGGGAUGCAUAUUUUUGCCAAAAUGCUACAUCAUUGUUUUCAGGCCUGAGCUAAACCAAAAGGAGCAACUAAUAAAGAGGAAUUAG